AAUAGUCGUCGACUCGUCGACGUACAGUGAGUGAAAGAGAAAAGAAGUGAGUUUGUAAUGGAGGUGACGUCGAGCGUUCACAUGCGCUGCUGAAGAAAGUCUACUUUGGAUAUUUGUGGACACGAUGUCAGGAAACUGCCGAGCAGCCGUCCAGCAACCUGGGCUGUCCUCCCUGUAAAGGGUGGCAGCCACAGCACUGGCUGCUGGGAUGCUACGGAAGAGCAGCAGCAGCAGUGGUAGCAGUGGGACACUGCACACCAACCAGGGUCUGCCACGAUACCUGUCCAAGACUCACACGGGGUCCCUGUCAUCCAGGUCCACCAAGACUUUGGAUACGGGCCGCGGCUCCAAGAAUCCUAACCCUCUGAGCAGCAUGGGCCUAUUGUCCCGGCCAAUGGGGGCCCCCGGAGUGGACCCCGAGUACGUAAUGCAGCUAGUGAAUGAUGUGCGGUGGUUUGCUGAUGUGCUGCUUAGCCUCAAGGAUGCUUUCCACUGUAAAGAAACUGUGGAAGGCCUCCAGAAGGUGGUGCAGGAGCGUUUGACAGAGUUACUCCGCGUCCUCAAGGCUGUCAUCGGCAAACACCACACCCUCAACUCAGUGGACAUCCUCGGAGCAGCCGGCACGGUCAUCGCCAAGGUCAAAGCUGUGAACUUCAAGGAAGUGAACUCAGAAAACACAAAAGCUAUAUUUGGAGAGAUACACACAUCCAUUGACACCUUGGCUUUCACGUUUGGCAAUGUAGUUUCUGACUUCCUUAUGGGAGAUGUGGAUGGCGGCUCAGGGUUGGGGAUCCCCCAGACCAGGAGAAGCAGGUCUUACGACAACCUCUCUGUGGAUCCUGACGGAUAUGUUUCAGAGAAAAGUGACCUUGUGGUGCCUGAGUUGCCGUUGUCGCGGGAGGAGGAGGUUGAUCUGACCCUGCUGAAAAAUGACAGCGGGGUGGAGUCUGCUCUGCUCUAUGCCAAAGCCUGGUCCAAGUACAUUAAAGACCUCCUGGCCUGGAUGGAGAAGAGGAUAACCAUGGAUAUUGAAUAUGCUAAAAGUUAUGCCAAAGUGGCCGAGUCUGCAAAGGCGCUGGCCAGUCAACAGGACUACAUGCCGUUCAGUGAGAUCUACAUUUCCACAUUCAAGAAUGACAUUGAGUACAACCAGCUGCUUAUUCAAACUGCAAUGGCUCUUCAGACCAAUAAAUUCAUACAGCCUCUUCUGGCUCGCAAGAAUGAACUCGACAAGCUGAGGAAAGAUAUCAAAGAGCAGUGGCAGCGGGAACUAAAGAAAAUGCAAGAGGCAGAUGUGACCUUGCGUAAGGCUCAAGCAUUUAAGUUCCAGAGGAGAGAGGAGUACCAGAGAGCCCGCUCGUCCAGCAGCCGCUCCCAGGAGGAGCUGUCGAACAACGCCGCUAACAAACAGCUGGAGAAGAAGAGGAGGCUGGAGGAGGAGGCACUGCAGAAGGCGGAGGAGGCCCAGGACCAGUACCAGAGCUGUAUGGCCGACGCAGGCUUCAGGAGGAUGGAUCUGGCUAAUGUUAAGAGCACCUUCCUCACACAGAUCAGAGAGAUGGUCUUUCAGUGUGACCUCACCCUCAAAGCUGUGACAGUGAACUGGUUUCAGCUGCAGCAGACGCAGACUGUGUCUCUUCCUGCUCACCACCAGGCUUUGAGUGAAAGUGCUAAGUUGUACGAGCCGGGCGAAUGCUACGCUGAGUUUGUCCGGAAUCUGCCCAAAGAGCGGCUUCACUCUGACUCCUUUGACAACACCAGGUUUGUGUUCAACAAAAGGUCAGUGGGCAGCACUCACUCCUCCCACGGCAACCUGUCGCAGGCAUCCAUCACCUCCGACGUGCUGAGUGGAGAUGAAGUGGACAGUCCCUUACACCGGCCACUGAAGAUCAGCGAGCAGGGCUCACACAGCAGCACGGACAUGCACGCGCUGAGAGGUCAGGCCCCGCUGAGAGCCUGGGCCUCCAGCAGUCAGGGGAGUCAGGGGAGUCAGGGGAGUCAGGGAGGGAUGUGCAGUGACUCAGAGAGCGCUGGAGGCAGCAGCGAGUCCCGCUCCAUGGACUCCCCCACUGCUAGUCCAGGUGACUUUAAACGUCGUCUGCCCAGGACUCCCUCGACUGGAACCAUGUCCUCAGCUGAUGACUUGGACGAGAGGGAGCCGCCGUCACCCUCAGAUAAUGGUCUGGCAGAGAUGGUGACGGAGACGGCCAGUUCCCCCGGUCCUUUCCGAAAUGCUCCCAUGUCCAAAGCUGCUCAAACCCAUAAGCUGAGAAAACUGCGAGCGCCAUCCAAGUGCAGGGAGUGCGACAGUCUGGUGGUUUUCCAUGGAGCCGAGUGUGAAGAGUGCUCCUUGGCCUGCCAUAAGAAAUGUCUGGAGACGCUUGCUAUCCAGUGUGGCCAUAAAAAACUACAAGGCAAACUUCAGCUGUUUGGUAUCGACUUUGCUCAAGCAGCCAAAAACAGCGUGGACGGCGUUCCCUUCAUCAUCAAGAAGUGCACGUCUGAGAUUGAGAGUCGAGCGCUCAACAUCAAGGGAAUUUAUCGUGUGAAUGGCGCCAAAUCCCGCGUUGAGAAGCUCUGUCAGGCAUUUGAAAAUGGGAAGGACUUGGUGGAACUGUCUGACCUUUCACCCCACGACAUCAGCAAUGUCCUCAAACUCUACCUGAGACAGCUUCCAGAGCCAUUGAUCCUGUACAGAUACUACAAUGACAUCAUCGGCUUGUCCAAAGAGUGUCAGCGAGUGAAAGUAGACGAGGCCGAUAAACCCCCGAGCCCUCAGACUGCAGAGAGGCGUGGCCCCAGCACACGGCUCAACAGAGUCAUUUUGAAGAUCCGAGAUCUUCUGCGUCAACUGCCCACAGCCAACUACAGGACUCUGCGCUACCUUCUGGCUCACCUGAGCAGAGUGACGGAGCAGGCAGACGAGAACAAGAUGACUGCCAGUAACCUGGGCAUCAUCUUCGGCCCCACGCUGGUCAAGCCCCGGCAGACGGACGCAGAGGUGUCCCUGUCCUCCCUGGUGGAUUACCCCUACCAGGCCCUGAUGGUGGAGCUGCUGGUGCGAUACUUCCACAUAGUCUUCGACGCAUCACCUCUGUCCAGCUCUGACAUCGUCUCCGCCGCUGGACACGGAUCGCCCAGACUCAACACGCAAGACAAGGUGCAGCGGCUCAGCAGGAACUCAACCUCUCUGAUGGACCUCAAAGAGAGUGCCAAAGUGUACAAGAGAUACUCGUCAGUCAUCCCGUCCUCACACAUCCUGGAUGAGGUGCAGGAGGUCCAGCCAGGGACGGACAGAACCGACUGCAGCGCGUCCAGUGUCAACGGGACGUCCAGCGGAGGAGACGUCCAGAGUGCCAGCUCAGUGUCCGGCCAUCCCAGCAUCACCACUCACUCUGCCGCCGCCAACCUCGCACCGAAGGUCCAGCUCCGCGCCCAGCGCGUCAGACACGUCUCUCGCCCCAUCAGCAUGCCGCUGGAACGGCUGCCCGCGCCCGCCCAGAUCAGCGAGAGGAAUAACCGGAACGCCGACGCCACCGCGGCUGAAACUAUCCAGGAGACGCCAGAGCCGCGGCAGAGCGGCUCGUCCAGGGUCAGCACCUACUACAUCACGCCGUUCAUCGACACGCAGACCAUGCAGAGGAGGACGUGGGACAGGAAGUACAAGCACUAUGACGUCACACCCAGAACUGCUAUGAUAGUGGCCAACCUGCCAUCUGCCGGAGUGCAACCUCUGAAGGCGACGGUGCCCGUCUCUGUCAACCCGACUGUAACCACCGCCAGUGUGGUCUCCACCGCAGCCAGUCUGACCCCCGUGGUCUCCACCACCAGCUCGGCCCGGCCCGUCUGGACUUCUAAAAGGGAAAAUAACUCAGACGAUUCAGUGAGUGACUCGAGCAGCUCGCCAAACCUUCCACUGACGCUCAGGGCACCGAGGACGCUGCAGCCCCCUCCUGGAACUUUCUACAGGCCCCCGGUCUCUGUCAACAGCAGAGCUAGGACGCUUUCAAACUGGACUACUGCUGUCAGCACCAUCACCACCACCUCCACACUUGCCCCCAUCUCCUCUGGUGGUCAGAUACUUGCCCCAUCCCCUGCUCUUUCACGCCCCACACAGACACAGCUCCACAGCCAGGACUCCAGCGACUCCACGGCGGACUCGGGCGUCUCCGCCUCCCUGUCGCCCACUCAGCUGUCGAGCAGCCCCGACGACCUCUGCACCAACGAGACUAGACCUGUCAGCCAGAGACUGAGAGCUCGGCGGCUGCAGGAGUUUGAACACAGAGAGGCUCAUUUUGUCUGAUGCCAAAAAAAAACACAUGUACAUAUUAUUAUAUCUGUGCCAUAGUGUACAUGUGGGGAGGAGCGUGUGUGUGUGCGUGUGUGUGUGUGUGUGGCUGUGAGAAUCAACCACGAAAGUGUUAUAAGUACUAAAAUAUAUAUUUUAGUACUUAUAUAUAUGUA